AUGGUGAAGAUCAUGAAUGUUAUAGUUGCUGUUAUAGCAUCUGCAGCAAUAUUGUUACACAGAACAGAAGCCGAAGACUACACAGUUGGAGACGAUUUGGGUUGGACUGUACCUCCGGAUGGUGCCGUCGACACAUAUGAAGACUGGGCAGCCGAGCAUACCCCCUUUGUUGUCAAUGUUGAUACUCUAACAUUUCAAUUUCAGAUGGGACAACAAGAUGUGGCAUCUGUGAAUAAGGUGGAUUUCGACAAUUGCUUUACCACAAAUCCGCUAUGGGUGUCGUCGGCUCCGACCAAAGUUGUAUUUGAUCGACCAGGCACAUUUUACUUCGUCGGAACCUACAACGGCCACUGUGCCAAAGGCCAAAAGAUGGCUGUUACAUGGGUCAACUCCCAGCCAUGA